AUGGCCUCGGGCUCCGGGCCCCCUCCGUUCAGGCUGGAGACCUCUGACGGGGGCCCGGAAGAUGGAGCUGAUGUGGACGGAGGAAAGCGGGGCCUCGGGGAUGUGCUGCCCCCCAUGGAGUCACCCUAUGUGGGCGAGGACCGGAACUUCUCCCCUCAGAUCAGAGUGAACCUCAACUACCGGAAGGGAGCAGGUGCCAGCCAGGACCCAAACCGCUUCGACCGGGACCGGCUCUUCAGCGCGGUUGCCCGGGGCAACCCCCAGGACCUGGCGGGGCUGCCGGAGUACCUGCGCGCCACCAGCAAGUACCUCACCGACUCGGAGUUCACAGAGGGCUCCACCGGGAAGACAUGCCUGAUGAAGGCCGUGCUGAACCUCCGGGAUGGAGCCAACGCCUGCAUCCUGCCGCUGCUGCAGAUCGACCGGGACUCGGGCAACCCCAGGCCCCUGGUCAAUGCCCAGUGCACAGAUGAGUACUACCGAGGCCACAGCGCCCUGCACAUCGCCAUCGAGAAGCGGAGCCUGCAGUGCGUGCGGCUCCUGGUGGAGAACGGGGCCGACGUGCACGCCCGGGCCUGCGGCCGCUUCUUCCAGAAGAAAAGCCACGGCACCUGCUUUUAUUUUGGCGAGCUGCCCCUCUCGCUGGCGGCAUGCACCGGCCAGUGGGACGUGGCAGCCUACCUCCUGGAGCGCCAGCCUGCCAGCCUGCGGGCGGCCGACUCGCUGGGCAACACGGUCCUGCACGCGCUGGUGGCGAUCGCGGACAACUCGCCCGAGAACAGCGCGCUGGUGGCCCACAUGUACGACAGGCUGCUCCAGGCUGCGGCCGGCCUCUGCCCCUCGCUGCAGCUCGAGGACACCCCCAACCUGCAGGGCCUGACACCCCUCAAGCUGGCUGCCCAGGAGGGCAAAAUAGAGAUUUUCAGACACAUCCUGCAGCGGGAGUUCUCGGGGCCGUACCAGUGCCUUUCCCGGAAGUUCACCGAGUGGUGCUACGGGCCGGUCCGGGUGUCCCUGUAUGACCUGGCCUCUGUGGACAGCUGGGAGGAGAACUCGGUGCUGGAGAUCAUCGCCUUCCACUGCAGGAGCCCGCACCGACACCAAAUGGUGGUUUUGGAGCCGCUGAACAAACUGCUGCAGGCGAAAUGGGACCUGCUCAUGCCCAGGUUCUUCUUCAAUUUCCUGUGCUUCUUGAUCUACAUGCUCAUCUUCACCGCCGUGGUCUACUGCGAGCCUGUCCUGGAAGAGGCCUUCCUCCCCAUGAAAGGGACCGUGGGAAACUCCCUGCAGCUCCUGGGCCACAUCCUGAUCCUGCUUGGGGGCGGCUACCUCCUGGCGGGCCAGCUGUGGUACUUCUGGAGGCGCCGCCUGUUCAUCUGGAUCUCGUUCCUGGACAGCUACUUUGAACUGCUCUUCCUGCUGCAGGCCCUGCUCACGGUGCUGUCCCAGGCGCUGCACUUCCUGGCUGUGGAGUGGUACCUGCCUCUGCUCGUGUCCUCGCUGGUGCUGGGCUGGCUGAACCUGCUCUACUACACACGCGGCUUCCAGUACACAGGCAUCUACAGCGUCAUGAUCCAGAAGGUCAUUCUGCGGGACCUGCUCCGCUUCCUCCUGGUGUACUUAGUCUUCCUGUUCGGCUUCUCUCCUUGGUGA